UCUUAGGGGGGGAAAAUGACUAAGGGCGAAAUAUAGGAAAGGGGGGUCCUAUAGGGCGAAGGAGGGGGGGAAGUCAAAUGUGGGGUGCCGCCCCCCCACAUCAUAAAUACACCUGAAUAGACUCCUUUUGUGAAAGGGGGAUCCCCCUCCUUCGUGCCACCUGCUUCCCUUGUCUAUUUGAGCCUUUCCAAGAAGCUGGAGGGUCGCCCAAUCCUCCCCGGGAAAAGGCGUCCAUUGCCCGGCGUGGGAUCUACGCGAGGCCGGGGCUUUUGCGGCCUGCGCGCCCGUGCUGAGGAGAACAACGCCUCCCACCUCCAAGCCUCCCCUCCUUUUCUCCAUCGUCUCCUAAUGGCAAAAAGCAACUAAGGCUAAAAGAAUAAUAGUGUGUGGUGGUGGAAGGGGGACCCCCUCCGUUUUCUCUCUCCAGGAGCGGAGCUUAGCCUGGCCGACGCAGGUGAGACCGCGUCCCGUGCCUCGGUCUCCUCAUUCGAGGGGGGGAAGAGGCCGCUUGCUUUUUCCCGUCGUCCUUCCGAGGCGGAGGGCAGAUAUGAUGGAAGAAUUGCACAGCCUGGACCCACGACGGCAGGAACUGUUGGAAGCCAGGUUUACUGGAGCAGGUGUUGCGAAGGGUCCCUUGAACAGUGAAUCUUCUAAUCAGAGUUUGUGCAGUGUGGGCUCUCUGAGUGACAAGGAAUUGGAGACUCCUGAAAAAAAACAGAAUGACCAGCGCAACAGGAAGAGGAAAGCAGAGACAUUUGAGACUAGUCAAGGCAAAGUUACUCCAAGGGGACAUAAAAUUAGUGAUUAUUUUGAGUUUGCUGGUGGAAGUGGUCCAGGAACAAGCCCUGGAAGAAGCGUGCCACCUGUUGCACGAUCAUCACCACAGCAUUCCUUAUCAAAUCCCUUACCUCGCCGAAUGGAGCAGCCACUUUAUGGGGUAGAGAGCGGCGCAGCCAAGGAACUACAGGAGGAGCAUUCUGCUCUGCCAACGCUGGUGUCGGCGAUGCUAGCGAAACAGCGGCUAGAGGGCGAGCAGCUGGCCCAGAGGGGUACAAGCCUCUGUUUUCCAUUUACUUCGGCUCAGCAAGGCAGUCCUUCCUCAAUAGGUUCAGGGAACACAGAGCAUUCCUGCGCCUCCCAAAAACAGAUCUCCGUCCAAAAUAAACAGACGCAGUCUGAUCUUACAAUGGAGAAAAUAUCUGCACUAGAAAACAGUAAGAACUCUGAUCUAGAAAAAAAAGAAGGCAGAAUAGAUGACUUAUUAAGAGCAAACUGUGACUUAAGGCGACAAAUAGAUGAACAACAAAAAAUGCUUGAAAAGUACAAAGAGCGGUUGAAUAGAUGUGUAACAAUGAGCAAGAAACUCCUUAUAGAAAAGUCAAAACAGGAAAAGAUGGCAUGCCGAGAUAAGAGUAUGCAGGAUCGGUUGCGGCUGGGUCACUUUGCCACAGUCCGGCAUGGUGCCUCUUACACUGAGCAAUGGACAGAUGGCUAUGCUUUCCAAAACCUUAUCAAGCAGCAAGAAAGGAUAAAUUCCCAAAGGGAAGAGAUAGAGAGGCAAAGAAAAAUGUUAGCAAAGCGGAAGCCACCUGCCAUGGGACAGGCUCCACCAGCAACAAACGAGCAAAAGCAACGUAAGAACAAGACCAACGGAGCAGAAAAUGAGACGUUAACACUAGCAGAAUAUCAUGAACAGGAGGAAAUUUUCAAACUCCGCCUAGGUCAUCUUAAAAAGGAAGAAGCAGAAAUCCAGGCAGAACUGGAGCGGUUAGAGAGGGUUAGAAAUCUUCAUAUCAGGGAAUUAAAAAGAAUACACAAUGAAGAUAAUUCACAGUUUAAAGACCACCCAACACUAAAUGACAGAUAUUUGUUGCUUCAUCUCCUGGGCAGAGGAGGAUUUAGUGAGGUAUAUAAGGCAUUCGAUUUAACAGAACAGAGAUACGUAGCAGUAAAGAUUCAUCAGCUAAAUAAAAACUGGAGGGAUGAAAAGAAAGAGAACUACCACAAACAUGCAUGUAGAGAAUACAGAAUCCAUAAAGAGCUGGAUCAUCCUCGCAUAGUUAAGCUAUAUGACUAUUUCUCGCUGGAUACUGACUCGUUUUGUACUGUGCUAGAAUACUGUGAGGGGAAUGAUCUGGACUUCUACCUGAAACAGCACAAAUUAAUGACAGAGAAAGAAGCCCGGUCUAUAAUCAUGCAGAUUGUGAAUGCAUUAAAAUAUUUAAAUGAAAUCAAGCCACCCAUUAUUCACUAUGAUCUCAAACCAGGUAAUAUCCUCUUGGUGAAUGGUACUGCAUGUGGUGAGAUUAAAAUCACUGAUUUUGGGCUCUCAAAGAUCAUGGAUGAUGACAGCUACAAUUCAGUUGAUGGCAUGGAGCUUACAUCUCAAGGGGCUGGCACUUACUGGUAUUUGCCACCUGAGUGUUUUGUGGUCGGAAAAGAACCUCCAAAGAUUUCAAAUAAAGUUGAUGUCUGGUCAGUGGGAGUAAUCUUCUAUCAGUGUCUUUAUGGCAGAAAACCUUUUGGCCACAACCAAUCUCAGCAGGAUAUUCUGCAGGAGAAUACAAUCCUCAAAGCUACAGAGGUGCAGUUUCCUCCAAAGCCAGUAGUAACGCCAGAAGCUAAGGCAUUUAUCAGGCGCUGCCUGGCAUACCGGAAGGAAGACCGGAUAGAUGUCCAGCAGUUGGCAUGUGAUCCCUACUUGCUUCCUCACAUCCGCAAAUCUGUAUCAACAAGCAGCCCAGCUGGGGCUGCUAUUGCCUCAACCUCUGGAUCCUCUAAUAACAGCUCUUCAAACUGAGCAGAAACAAUAGGCCAAAAAUAUAUACGUAUAAUCGGAACUGCAGAAAGAAACCGAGAGAGUCAGACAUGUUUUGAGAUGCAGCCUUGGGAUUGGCAAGGAAUUCACAAAACGGCCUCAAGAAACCGGUAGCAGGUUCUUUGUUUUUUCUCUUGCGUUCUUGUCCCAUCCGUAGAGCAAGGCAUCAUCGAUUCUCGGCAAGGAUCUAUGGCUACUUAAGUCAAGCUAAGUGGCCAGGGGAAAGGAGGUUGGUUAACUGCAAAGGCACUAACCGCUCAGGGCAGCGGAGGGAAAAGAUGGUUCCAUGUACUGUACUGUGAACUUCCAAACACCACGGACCCAGGGGCGGUUCCAUGACACAGGGUGCGCACACGUUGUGUGGCGAAUUGUGGACUUGGCGGCAGGGUAAAGAGGCUGGACUUAGUCCACUGUCAAUAUUUAAGAAAUACGUUCUUUUCUUUUAAAUAAAGUUUAGGCUACAUUUCAUUGGAGGAAAGCGGAAGAAACCAUAGAGUUCAAUGCUGUGAGGGUCCACUGAGGGACUGGCAAAAGACAUCUUGUGCCCUUCAUUAAGGGAAUCAGGUGUCUUGCCUGUUCAUAGCAUUAGCAUGUUACCCCAAAUAAUUUCAGUUUCAAAGUAACCAUUUCUAUUGGUUUUCUGGUUAUAAAGUGAACUAACUAGCACGUCAAUGUGGCAGUCCUUUCCCCCUUUAUCUUAGGUUGGUCUCAUAUACUGUGAGGGGAGUGCAAUGCAAUGCAAAGCUUACAUUACAACUGUGAGCAUAGAUUUCUAAAAAUACACACAGAGAGAGAGAGAGAGAAACUUCUCAGAAGAAGAGCUGCUUCUGGACAGACACUUGAUGGUAGUCUCCCCACCUGAAAUCAAAAUAAAUCAAAGUAUUUCUGUUUUGCGGGGAGAAAAUCUGCUUUCCUUGCAUGGUUCUCUGAUUGAUUCACUGGAGUCUAUUUCAGACCAAAGUGUUCUCUUCAACACACAUGGAUGCUGGCUCUGACAGAACACACUAGUCAAAGCACCCUCCCUUCCCCCUCUUCCUCUCUGUUUAACAUUUAUUUUCUAUGCUGUGCAUUAACACCCCAAAGGAAAUAUCCUCAAAAACAGAAUUCUGUUUCAGUUCCUUUAUCUAAGAGAAUUUUGUUUUGUUUUUUACGGUCCUUAUUUUUUAAAAUCGUUAAGAAAAACAUUUAAACCAAAGAAUCCAGUUGCUUGAAACUUGACUCCCACAUGUGGCCAAAAUGAUGUUUGCGGAUAAUAUUUUUUAGUUUUACUGUAUGGUGGCACCUGGCCAGGACUUAAAGUCUGCCAGGAUUUAAAUUCUUUGUUCACAACUGUUGAUUCUCAGUGCUCCCUUCUUUGCUUUCUUCAGGCAGUGGUGCAGAGUGAGGGUGAUCAAGCCAUACUGAGAAUUGGUGGUGGGGGGGGGACCCAGGAGUGGGGAAACACAGCUGGAAAGUAGUGUACACACUUCUGCAGAUCAGAUAGGUAGGAUUUGCACGAUUAAUGUGUGUGUGUACCCACCUAACUUUUCCCAUUGGCUCCAUCACCAGGUUAGAUAUACAGCGUGGUUGAUAGAGGAAUCUAUGCCUCUGAUUAAAUGUCAUCGAAAGAGACUGCAUGUGGAAGUAAGGAAAUACAACAUGUCACCAUACCUGAAAGCACUGUUAAAAGGCUUUUGAAACAAAAAUCCCACACCUAAUUGGUCCCAUGAGUCUACUUUUUGAAGUAGGUGGGCUUCUCCUCAUGAUCGUGUGGUGAUUUUGUUCCUCAAAACAGACGGAGUGGGCAUUUAAACAAAUAACUGACUUGCAGUCCUUUGGUGGAACAGUUUAGACUCCUUUUACUGUGUACAGAAAGUAGGCAAAAUCUGGGGCAAGGAAUACCCAUACCCUUGCCCUUAUUAAGGUUGUCUUAGUUUUUAAUAGAGUUCAUCUCCCCCACCCCACAGAAUCAAGUUCUUAAUUUUCUCUAGGCAUAUACAAAAGUAUAAAGCCAACUGUUCUGUCUUUUCUUCUUCACCCCACCCCAGCAUCCCCUUUUUCUUGAAGGAAAACCAGCAUGUGUGUCUGACUUUUAGGGUUCAUCUAUUCCAGGGUUACUCAUAGCUCUUUCACUAAUUGCAGCUUGGAGCCACACAUGAGCAGGCAGGUUGCAGAUGCAAAUGUUGUGGUUGCCAUGGCAGAAUAGAGCUGUUGUCUGCUUGUGAGGGACGAGAAACUUUGGCCACAUAUCUCAGCCAUUUGGGAAUAAGGCUUAUCUUAGUUUUCUGUUGCUGAAACAAGACAUAAAGCAGGUUGUGUAAAUGCUCAGGCCUUUUGCUUUCUCCCUCCUUAGAAAUUAAGCAACUCCUUGCUGUGGACAGGUUAAAAUGUGUAUAUGCCAGUUGGUCAUCUGGCUGCUAGUUCACCACCUAUAGAGAACCCUAUCCCAAAUGAAACUACUUUUAAGUUUGCUUGUUUUUGUAAAAAUCCCAGCCUUUCAGUCAUAAAUUGUAUUUCUUCCUCCUCCUCCCACCAAACUUCAGUCCCUUUGGUUUGUGCCUGAGCAGGAGCCUCUGCCUUUUCAUGGUGUUCAUCACUGAAGCAGGUUAAAUCACUCUGGAUGAGAAAUGCGGACUGUGACUUUUUUCCUUUUCCUUUUUUUUUU